UUUAUCGCGAAUGUUGUCAUCUAAUGUUGUUGAAGAGUUAAGUUAACUAAGGACUAGUUUGAUAAGGACUAUAAGUUUGUCUUGUUGCCGAAACUUUUUUCGGAUACGUCAGCUCGUUAGCUUAACUACAUCUUCAGUGUUGUCAACGUUACGGGAUGGCCACCGCGCCACAGUCUUCACUUCACAUGAGAUCGGCUGAUCUCAUCAAGAAAGAGGCCCUGGACUACGGAGGGUUUGGAGAAGUUUACCUGUGCUACCAUGUAACCCUCGGCCAGGUGGUGUUGAAGACCAUGUUCACAGGCCCUAUCUGCAACGAGGAGAAUAAAAGGUCACUGCUGGAGGAGGGGAACAUCAUGGCAAGCCUGAACCAUGAACGGGUGGUCAAGUUGCUGGGCGUGAUCAUGGAAGAUAGAGACUGCUCGCUAGUCAUGGAACUCCUCCCCAGAGGCAACCUGUCGGCCAUGCUGGAGACGGUCAAUGUGCCAAUAUCCAUCAAGGGCAGAAUCAUCUUAGAGAUUUUGGAAGGGAUGGUGUACCUCACAGAUAGGCACGUCAUACACAAGGACAUCAAGCCAGGGAACAUUUUAGUGGACAAGGAUUUUCACAUCAAGAUUGCAGACCUUGGCCUGGCCACCUGCCUGACGUGGAGCAAGCUCACAAAGAAAGAGUCUCGCAGGAGGAGUCGUUUAGAGCGAUCAGCAGAGGCGAUAGGUGCCGGCACACUGAGCUACAUGGCCCCUGAGCACCUGGAGAGUAUACAUACAGUGUCCACUGAGAAGUCUGAUGUCUACAGCUUUGCAAUCGUGGUUUGGGUCAUCCUCACAGGGGAAGAGCCAUAUGCAAAUGCAAGAAGUGAAGAACACAUCAGCCAGUGUGUCCGGAACGGUGACCGACCUGCAGAGAACCUUAUUCCAGAUGCCACGCCUGCAGAGAUGGUUCAGCUUAUGAAGAGGUGCUGGGAUCACAAUCCACUGCAACGGCCAACAUUUGAAGAGGGCUACAACUUCUUCUUUCCUUUCUACAUGGAAAAGCUCGAACCACUCGUAGAGGAAGAUUUACUUGUCUUGAGGAAAUUAUAUGAAGGCCCAGAGGAACUUGUUGAGAAGAUGAAAUCUUUAUCAAUGACCCAGUCAGGAUGUUUUUCAGCAGAUUGCCCAGCUCCUUUGGUGAGCUCAGACAGAAGUGUACCUGGGCCAGUUGAAGCCAGCAUUGAGGACCUGCAUGGCAUCCAAUAUGAGCCACCUGUGGAGUCAAUUCAGACUGAUGCAAAGAGCGUCAGCAGUCCUUCACCUUUGGAGGAGAAACUGGGCCGGGAGCUUCAGUACCACAAAUGUGGUAGCUAUACCAGCGAGAACCAGCCGGCCGCUGCCAACUGCUACAAUCGCAACAACUCAAAUCCUUUCCUGCCAAACCACAUCAGCCCUUCAGAUUACGCUAUCAGGCAACCAGAACCAGACAGACCCUCCUAUGCGUCCUCUGUCCAUUCCUGGACAAAAGCUGAGCCGGUGCAGCCCACAAGCCAUGAAGAGGCUUGGAAUCGCCCUACUGCUGGUCUCUAUGAUUCCAUGAACUCUUCCAUAGGUACUCCAUCCCACUUACCAAUGUCUGCCAGCAGCCCGUCUCUAUCAAAAUUUAACCAGCAACAUCCACAUUCCCACUAUGACCGCCAGCAGUCCUGGCCAGCUUAUCCAGUGUCUGAUACAUAUGCUCCUGACAUCAGUCCUGGGCGCCUCCUGGACCAUUCCAAGAGCUGCUCACAACAAGAUCCAGGAUCUUUUUUCAUUCAGAAUGCCAGUGGGAUCCAGAUCGGGAGCAACAACACGAUGAGUAUCAGAAGUUACGACUCCACCAAUAGUUCAAUAUCUCAACCUUCUAGCGUCUCAGCAAGCUCUCCCAUCAAAGACGGCAUUCUGAAAUAUGAGGACCAUGCUGUGACCGAGGAGCACCUGGAUCUGCUGAGGGACAACAUCGGAGCCAAAUGGAAGCGUUGUGCGCGGCGACUGGGUCUGACCAGUGUGGAAAUAGAGACCAUUGAUCACGACUUUUACCGCGAUGGCCUGCCAGAGAUGGUGCACCAGAUGCUGGAUCGUUGGAAAAUGAAGGAGGGAAGUAUCGGCUGCACAAUUGGGAAGCUUUGUCGUGCUCUGGAGGGCAACAUCAAGGUAGAUGUCAUCCAGAAAAUAUUGGACGCCUGCGGUUCUUCCUCUUUGAUCUGAUAAACUUUCUACCUCAUUCCCUCUAAAUGACUUUUCUGCCUAUGAUGGUCACGUUUUCUGAACUGUUUGCAACAUUUUAAGGUUCCCCUUUCAACCCCAAACCAAAAAAACAGGUUUGAAAUAUCAUCUCUGUUGCCGCCGAAUACAAGUGAGUAGGAUGUUGUGACUCAAAGCAUUGAAAAUGGCAUACAGGAAACUCAAACUGUAUCUUUCCUGAAAAAAAAAUUCCCUUCGUUACUCAUAAUAACCACAGAGCUCGCCGUCAACCAUUUUCACUUUCUGGACUCAUUUUGAUAAAAUCAUCUGGACUUUUAUUGUGACAGUUUAAAAGCUCUGAGUGCGUUUUCAAAUGAUUGCACGACUUUUUCUACCAAACAGAUUUUUAUGAGCAUUAUAAACAAACAUAAUCCGGGUGCAGGUUUGUCUUAUCAUGGAAUUUAAAAAUCAUUGUUUAUUUUGUUGUAUUUUUUAUUUACUAUAAAGUAAUAAUGGUAUAAAUGAAUAGUCUUUCUUAUCUGUGUGCCAGAUGAUAAUAUUGUAGUUGAAUUAUUACAAAAGUAAUAUUUUUAAUACAAACAGUGUCAAGUAUGUUUAUUGAGAAAUUGCUCUCUGAAUGAUUGUGUUAAGGAAAAGCCAUUGAGUUACUGUAGCUUUAAAUGAAUAAUGAACUCGUAUUCUGGGACAAUUUACAUUUGACAUUUAUUCCAGCCCAACACAAACAUAAAGACUCCAAUCACAGAACAGGUAAGGCCAAUGAGUCUGUAAGACGCUUAAAAGCAUAAAACAGAGACCUUAGUGCAGUAUUCUACUAAUACAUGUGUAUUAUUGUUGUCAUCCAUGUGUCCAGUAGGGAUCAGUAGACAAUAGAUUCAUGAGUAAAUUGACUCAAUUUGUCUCCUUUAAUGUGAGAGCUGCUGUAGAUUAUGUGCUCCUGUUUCCCCAAAUUAUGGUAAAGGUGCAUGAAUUACCAAGAGCUACUUGUUUGAGUGUUCAGUGUGUGAGUUUACUGUAAUGACAUCAGAUUGUCUUUAAACUGAUGAGCUGCUGUGCUGUACUACUACUUCAUCAAGCAUUUGGAUUACAAGAUACGUUUCUCACCAUUCAAAGAUUAGAUUGUCUUGGAGAUGUGUUCAUGUCUUGUUUUUGUUUCAUUACAAAAUUCAUUUUAAAUUUGUGUAGCAGGUCUAACAGUUGCAAUGUAGUUCUCACUACAUAAUAGUAGACAGACGUGCAGCAGUACAAUCACCCUGUUUGCUCUCCACGUUUCCACAAGCCUUACCAAAACCGGACCUUUUUUUAAAUCUGUUUUGAUAUUCUGAAUAAACUUUGUAUGUUUCAAAAAUUCCAAAA